GACUAAGGAGGCACAUGUCCAUUCACUUAAAGAAGAGAUUAAAGCAGAAAAGAGUGGUAUCAUGACUGUGAUUCAUUUCCCCUGCAUAUUCAGCAUUCUAAUUGCUCCAGUGAAUUUCAUGUCAGAAAAGCCCUUAUGAGCUGCAUUCUGCAAUGUGUAAAAUGUGUCACCAAGGUGUCAGGCAUUUCAUACUUUGCUUCCAAAAGAACUGUUCCACAGAAAGUUUCGUGCUGCGGUUCUCUGCAGAGCCACGGUUGAUAAUGUGAAACGCCUUCUCUUCUCCCCACCCCUGAAGUUAAGUGAAGAUGCCAAUGCCUAAGCCAGGAUCAGAAGAAACCUAUGUGGAUUUCUCAUGCUUUGCUUUUCUGGAUAUGCUUGAGUACCAGUGAAGUGUGCCUUCCUGGGCAACACAAAGCUCAGGAUUAUGUUAUUUGCUACUUUUCUGACAGUGGUGGUCAAUGUUGCUUUGGCAAACCCCUCAACAUGCUUGGAUGGCUACCAGUUGGCUACUGACAAUUCCACUUGUAUAGACAUUGAUGAAUGCCUUGAAGGAGGAUUGGGGACUUGUGGGCAAAUCUGUCACAACACUCCAGGCUCCUACAUCUGUUCCUGCUUACCUGGUUACACACUGGAUGAUAACACAUGGUCGUGCUUUGUUGAUGCUCCUGUGCCCUACCUCAUCUUCAGCCAUGGAAACGCCAUCUUCAGGAUUGACAGAGAAGGAACCAAUCACAAGAGACUGGUGACAAACACAGGGAUCUCUGUCCUGUUGGACUUCCACUAUAGUGAAGAAAGAAUCUACUGGGCAGACUCUGACAAGGGUCUUGUACAAAGGGUUUUCAUGAAUGGCACCAAAAGGGAGAAAGUAUGUUCAGUUGGAAAAGGUAUUUCUGGAUUUACUGUGAACUGGAUUCAGAAAAGCAUUAUCUGGACCAAUCAUCAGAAGGGAAGCAUUGAAGUUGCAGACAUGGAUGGGAAGAAUUCCAGGGUACUUUUAGAGAAUGUGUCCCAACCAAGUAGCAUCACUGUUGAGCCCAACCAAAGGUUUAUAUUUUGGAUUUCAGAUGGAUUGGUACCAAGCAUCAAUCGAGCAAAUGUUGAUGGUGAAAAGGUCAUCAUGGUUUUGAGCACUAGCGAGAAAGUAAAAACACUGUCUCUGGAUUUUAUCGACAAAAGACUGUUUUGGGUCCAAUAUGGCGUGGAUGAUGAGAGUGCCAUUGGAUCUUGUGACUACAAUGGUGAUGCUGUUCAUAUUAUGAAACAAUUAACACAGUCCCAGCCUUUUGCGAUGUCUUUAUUUGCGGAGCAUAUAUACUAUUCAGAGUUGAAAACUGGUACCAUUAGAAGAGCCAACAAAUACACAGGCAAGGAUGUUGUCACCAUCAACCCCAAGCCUUCAUUUCUUCCUCCUGCUGAUGUGAAAGUGGUGCACCCUCUCAAACAGCCUGCACCCUCCCAAACAGCUGAGGAGGGGUGUGAUGCUACGAAAGAAGACUGUGUAAGUGUGUGCACCAGAGAUGCAGAGAAAGAGCAAUGUGAAUGUAGAGGCGGCUACGUCCUCAGCAAAGACGGGAGAUCUUGUGAAGAUGUGAAUGAAUGUGCUUUCUGGAACCAUGGCUGUACUUUAGGGUGUGAAAACAUCCCAGGCUCCUAUUUCUGUACCUGUCCUGGAGGUUUCACUCUUCUUUCUGACAUGAAAACCUGUCACGAGCUUGUCCCAUGCUUGAAGAACUACACUGAAUGCAGCCAUAGUUGUGUCCAGACAGCUAAAGGACCCAUGUGUGUGUGUCCAGAAGGUUUGGUGUUAAGACCAGAUGGAAGAACAUGCACAGGUUGCACUUCACCAGAUAAUGGAGGCUGUAGCCAGAUCUGUGUGGCUUUGAGUCCAGUGAAGUGGGAAUGCGAAUGCUUGCCAGGCUAUCGGCUGAAACCAGAUGGGAAGCAUUGUAGUGCAACAGGUCCCAGACCUUAUUUGCUUUUUGCAACUACUCAAGACAUUCGGCGCAUCAAUUUUGAUGGCACAGCUUACCAGAGUCUACUAGAUAAGCAGAUGGGGAGAGUCUUAGCUUUGGACUAUGACCCUGUUGAAAAUAAGGUUUAUUUUGCGCACACAGGCCUGAAGUGGCUGGAAAGAGCUAACCUGGACGGGAGUGAACGUGAGGUGCUGCUGCGUGAAGACCUGGAUUAUCCUGAAGGGCUAGCUGUGGACUGGAUUAACCGUAAACUGUACUGGACUGACCGAGGGUUGUCCAGAAUUGAAAGAAGUGACCUAAAUGGGGUUCACAGAGAAGUGAUCAUCAGUGAGGGGGUUAACAAGCCAAGAGGAAUAGCUGUGCACCCACUGGCAAAGAAGCUGUUCUGGACAGACUGGGGUGAAAAGCCUUGUAUAGAAAGCUCUUCCUUGGAAGGUGGCGUCCGACUGGUUAUUGCCAACACCAACCUUGUUUCACCGAGCGGAAUCACCAUAGACUACCUGGCAGACAAGCUGUACUGGUGUGAUGCCAAGCGAUCUGUCAUCGAAGUGGCAGAUCUGGAUGGCUCCAACCGUCAGAUCCUGACAAAGAACGAAGUAGGACGCCCUUUCGAUGUAGCCGUGUUUGAAGAUCACGUUUGGUUCACUGAUUGGGGGAAGCCGUCCGUCAUGAGGGUUGACAAGUGGACAGGGCAAAACCGGGUGCGCCUUCGAGGGAAUACGCUAAGACCCUCCUCCUUGGUUGUUGUUCACCCAUUAGCCAAACCAGGUGCUGAUCCCUGCCUGUAUGAAAAUGGUGGCUGUAGUCAAUUUUGUGAGAACAGUUUUGGAGUUGCUCGUUGCUUGUGUCACAAGGGCUUUGUAAAGCAUGCUGAUGGUGGAGUCUGCCACCCAGUCAGCAUUGCCUUGACAACUCCAGUGUCUCGUACAACCCUUUCUCACAGUCAGCUCUUGAUGUCAAACACAACAUUAAGAGAUGAAAGCAUUCCACUGGCUCAUCCCAGCCCAUCAGCAGCCACUGAGGAGGCUGCUGUACAAAAAGAAGAGCAGCCAAAAAGCAUCCAGGUGGCAGAGAUAAUGGUAUCAGAUCAGGAUGAUUGCUCUGCUCUUGAAUGUGAUGUUAAUGCUCAGUGUGUCCCAGCACAAGGGGGCGCUGUUUGUCAAUGUUUGGAAGGAUUAACCGGCGAUGGCAAAGCAUGCAAUGACAUUGAUGAAUGUGCUGUUGGCAUUGCUCUGUGCAGCAUGCAGCUUGCAGACUGCAUUAACACAGAGGGUAGCUAUGUCUGCAGGUGCCAUGCCGGCUACAGCGGGGAUGGCUUGUAUUGCUCGGAUAUCGAUGAGUGUAAGUUUGAGAGCCACAGCUGUGAUAAACAUGCCGAUUGUGCCAAUACAGAGGGAAACUACACCUGCACAUGUAGGACUGGGUAUUCUGGAUCAGGCUUCAUCUGUGAAGGUGUGGUUGCUCCUACCACUAUGAUGAGGACUAGCAGCUCCUCUGAAACUACCACCCACUGGCGCAAUGAUCACCUGGAGGACUGCCCGUCUUCAUACGAGGACUACUGUCUCCAUGGAGCAGUGUGCUUCCACAUUCCGGAGCUUGGAUCCUACGCAUGCAACUGUGUGACAGGCUACAUGGGGGAACGGUGCCAGUACAGUGACUUGGAGUGGUGGGAGUUGCAACAAGAGGAAGAGGAGAAGAGGCGCAACCUUACUGUUGCAGUCUGCAUGAUCAUACUGAUCGUACUCUUGUCUAUAGGAGCCUGCGUGACGUACUGCUACAGGUCUAAGAAGUACCCAAUGAAGAGUCAGUAUGCUGAUGAGAUGAGUGAGACCUGCAGCAGUGACAACAGCAUAACCGAAGCUUCAAUCAGCAGCAGGCAACAGUUCUAUGUUGUCCUAGAACAUGGCUCAAGAAGAGACGGCAAAGUUAUCCACGUGGUUGGUUGUAACAGAAGACGGGUUUACCAUUCCUGCUCCUCAGAGACAGGAGAAAGUGUAGUGUCUGAGGAAGCUUGCAAUUUGCAGAGGGACAGGAAAGGCCUGGUUUUUGUACCCCAGGUGCCUUGUAGCCAUGUGCAGCAGGACACCAACAGGACUGUCCUCCAUCUUAGACAGGAGGAGAACCUCAUAUACCUGGAAGAUAGUGAAUCGGACAUGAGUGGGGAGAGCAGGUCAUCUCAGCCUGUUUGACCCUGUGUCGUUCUCUGAAACUCGCACUGGACCAAGGACAGAGGAAACUCAAUUUAUUUAAAGUAUAAACACUAGUAGAAGACAGUGUUUGAGAGCAGACUGGACUGUUUUAUUGGUAAAACUUUUCUCGAUUCUCAUUUAGUCAUAAUCAUUGUGAGCUUUUUUCAGAAAGGGAAAUCACACCUAAUAAAGUUACCAAAACAGAUAUAAAUGACUCAGUUUAGCUUAACAGCUUGUAAUUACUUAUGUAGCGUUUCUUGUUUGUUUAAGAAUUGUAAAUGGUGUUUUGUCUUUUCAGAAGAAAAUGUACUGCCAAUGAUAAUUUGGAGUAAAUAACUUUGAGAAUCUAGCCCGAUGUCUAUUAAGCACUCAAGUUGGUUGUAUUUCAUUCUGAACAUUAAUGUAAAAAAAAAUGGAAAAAGCUUAGAGAAGUGCCAAUUAUUUAAUGAUAAGCAAAUGUAAUUUGUGAAAGUAGUAGGGACCCUCCAAGGGGUUGCAUAGGACUUAUUAUGAAGAUGUUAUGUCUCCUCCAUAUUAUAGACUUUAAAUAUUUUUUAUUGUAGUUUGUAACACUGGUGGCAUUGGAGUUACGAUGUGCUAAUAACGUGAAUAAUUUACUAGAGAUGUAUUAAUAUGAAUCAGAUAUUAUAGAAAACAUUGAGAAUGCACCUGCUAACACAAUGUAGAGAGAUGGGAAUGUGCUGCUCAAUACAGUUUCAUCGAGGGCAGGGUGGGGUGAGAGUGGCAGACCUCUGUUCUUUAACAUGGUUGCUAUUCAAGACAAUAAGUCAGUUGCUUUCAAACAACAGCUGAGACGUUGGGUCUUUGGUGGUGUGAUUGUCAACAGAUUGAUACAGUGUGAAAAGUUGUCGAUAAGGUGGUUGCCUGCGAUGGCGAUCAGUCUCAAAAAACAGCUCAGUUGUUGAUUCAGUCCCAGUAAGGUUGCUGCAGGGUAGUUACUGCUCUUCGAUUGUCUGGAGGGUAGGUAAGCUCGAAGGUCUGGAGCACCGCGUACCUGUUUAUUCUGCAGGGAUUUAAGUGACAAAGGUUUAGUGUGCACAGCGCAUGUAGCCUUCUAUCUCCUGGUCUCAGGAACACUGCCCCUUUCGUACACCUUAGUUCCGCCUCCUACCCAUUUACCUGGGAUUGGACCCAGGUGUAUAUUGUUCCCCUCCACCAGGGGAGCCGGCUCCCACGGAAUAUUAACCCCGUAGUUGCCAGAGCCUGCUGGAUGGACAGGUUCCUCCUAUUCCGCCUGCUGGUGGGAGUUGAGCUUUUCAGUGCAGGGAUUUCAUCAACCCUGUCUUAUUUGCCGAUAAAGGGUUCCUCACAAUUUUGACAGUGUGUUUUGAAAAUGACUUUAAAGAGUAAGUAGCGGGGUUCCGAAAAAUAUAGCAUUACAAGUCCCCACAUGUUGCUACAACUGUUUAAAUAAUAUACCUACUUUUUCUUUUCAUUUUUAACAUCCUGACAACUUUUUACACAUAGCUUUCAACUCUGUUUUAAGCUCUGUUCAAAAUGGCUGCUCUAGUGCACUGAGAUUAUUGCCCACAUUGUCAAACAGGUAACACAGCAAUAAGGAACAGAACAGCCAGAGCACUUGUUGUUAUGUUUUUUUUUUUUUUUUGUUCUUCCUGCAGUGAUUUAGAGGAUGGAUCUCAAACCCCAGUGUGCUAGAGUGGCCAUUUUGAAAAGAGCUUUGAAACAGAGUUUAAAGUUAUAAGUGUAAAAAGUUCUGAGGAUGUUAACAAUGAAAAUUAAAAAAUACAGGUAUGUUAUUUAAACAGUUGUAGUUGUAGUUGUAGUUGUAGUGGGAGUCAGGACAAACUUAUGUUAAAUAACCACCUUUAUUAUAAUACAAAAUCUUACAGAUUUCCAAAAACACUGAACCGCCUGCUAAAAAAACGAACAAUAAAAUAAUAAAUUUAUGUGACGUGUUCAUCUUGGUGAACAAAAAAUAGGAGCAUUGUAUGCUCCAGACAAGGCUGGGAGUGAGGUGGUGGUGGUUGGGGAGUGAGGUGGUAAUGGUUGGGGAGUGAGGUGGUAAUUUGAAAGGACGGCAGGACUGAGGCUGAUGGGAACUUGCCAGUAAUUGGCUUGUAACUUGACCAAUGAAUGUACUGGGCACUUGUAUUAAUGAUACUAUAGAUUUCCUGCCUGAAAACCUUGCAAGCUUUAUAAUAUCUGCAAUACUUCCUUUAGAUGAGUUUAGCCUCAUUUUAACACGGGCUGUGGAAUGACAUGGUUUGUGAAGGAACCAUACAUAUAGGGACCAUAUAAAUAAACUGUACACUAGCACCAGCACUUAAGACUAUUGAUUUACUACAGCUACUGAAGUGUUUAUUUGCCAGCUGUGAAACCUGUUUACAGAGAAGUAUCAAUUAUCCAAAGUAUAUCCAUUCAGAGUUUUUGUAUGUACUAUAUAAAACCCUAACGAUAUCAAUAUAUUUCUAAUUUGCCCUGUAUGUAUUGCAAAACUGCACACAUUUAGCAUUCUUGUACCUACAGCUACAGUAGCAUUUAAGAUGAAGUGCUGGAGUGUGAGUAAAUAUUAUAUUACAGUGCACACUAAACCAGAACUAUACUUUGCUCCUGAAAAACACUGCUAUUAAUGUCACAGCAAUGCAGACAUUUACUGUAUGAUGCAGCAGGCAAUUUCAAAAAUAUAAAUACACCUCAGCUAUUUAUUUAUGGGCAAACACAGUAUGAGCUAGCUGGGAUUUGCUCUGAUAACCAACAGUUUGUGAAAUCGAGCUUCAGAUAGUUGACACUCCACUGUGUAUCUGGAAAGACAUUUGAAUACUAAUGGUGUUAUUGUAUAUGUUGUCUUACAUUAAAUAUAACUGUUUAAAACUGGUGGCAUAUUUUCCAGAUUGGUUGACUUUAACACAGGUUUCACUGAAGUGCAUGUUGAAUAAGCUGUUAUUUUCUUUUAGGGAAGAAAUGGAGAAGAUGUGUUUUUUUUAUUUUAAAUCAUAAAUGAUGUAACUGCUUCGCCCUUAACUUGUACAAAUCUUGUUUUUAUUAAUAAAAGUAACAUUAAAUGUAUUAUAGCCAA